AUGCGAUCGCGAUAUUCCCACCUUCUCCUCCUCCCCCUCCUCCUGACCUCUCUACUCCUCCCAGUCGCCUUCCUUACCGCCCCCGCAGCAGCGCAAUCUCUGCCGUAUUCCACGCUCGGCGUUGCCGUCGGAAUUAUCGCCGGCGGGGUGCACAACCCGCUGACGGGCGACAUUAAAAACGUCGCAUGGCAGGUGAACCUUCGCACGCGACGCGAGAUCGGAACGGUCGGCGCCGCGGAUAGCGACACGGACGCGUGGCGCGUGGACUGCAGCGUCGCCACGGACGGCACUGCUUACGUCACCUCCACCACCUCGCGACUCAACGUCAUCAGCUACACGACAGACGGGCCAGUGGCGCUGCCGGCCGUGAACCUUCCGGCCGGGUUCUCGAGCACGACAACGGUGCUGGGAGGACCUUCCGAGAACCUUCUCGUGGUGGCAGAUGGGGGGGAUUCGGCAGGAGGGGCGGUGUCGGUGGAUAGGACUAAGAAGACGGUUACAAAACUGGUGGGGUCGGGUUACCAGUGCACGUCGGCGACGUUCUGCUCUUCGCCAGCUGCGUCACCGACAGACUUCCUCGUCCUGACUUGCCACGUCACCGCGGAUGACUCUGACGUGGUUGUCACCGUCCCCAUCGACCCUGUAACGGGUACAUUCCAAACCGACGCCUCGUCGAUUAAAUACAUCUCAGCUUCAUACGCGAUUCGGCAAGCGGCGUGCUCUCCGGGAGGCGGCUUCAUAGCCUUACUCAGAUACGACUCGAAUAUUCUCUACACCUACGCGCUUCCGUUGGCUGGAGCCGCGCUUCCCGCGUCGCCUCUCUCCUCGACCACGCUCACCACAGGCACCCCGUCGACACUAGCAAUCGACGCCACGUAUAAGAACGUCCUCGUUACAAGCACGUCGUCGUACAAGACGGGCGGCAAUGGGCAGAGCUACCUCGGCACGCUUGACUCCGUGCCUUAUACCGAAACCGGCGGGUGCGCUUCUACCGCUUCUGCCGGCGCGUUUCAGUUCUUAAGUGCCGGAACCUACGCGCGCUUAGCGCUCUACCCCGGAAGCUCCUUAGACGCUCCGGUGGCAUUAAUGGCUAUCUGGGAGGGAGUUUAUUCUUUGAAACUUGCAGCAGACGGUGCGGUUCAGACCGAUACAGCUGGGUUUAUUAACCUAGGCACAACCGAGUCGGGUUAUGAUUUCUUCGCUACAUCCGUAUGCGUGCAGAAGUUUGUCGCUUCCCCCUCCCCGCCACCGCCUCCGCCGCCCUCGCCGCCUUCCCCUCCGCCCAGUCCCCCGCCGCCGCCAUCUCCGCCUAAGCCACCUUCCCCACCCAAGCCGCCUCCCCCCCCGAGGCCUCCCCCAAGCCCCCCAAAGCCGCCGUCGCCUCCGCCGCAGCCUCCCCCUUCCCCGCCGCCGCCUCCGCCUUCCCCGCCCCCAAGUCCCCCGCCCCCACCGAGUCCCCCUCCGCCAAGCCCGCCAAGUCCGCCCCCCAGCCCUCCCCCGAACCCACCCCCAUCACCGCCCCCUCCACCUCCCCCCAGACCUCCCCCAAACCCGCCCCCAUCCCCGCCCCCAAGCCCUCCCCCCAAGCCUCCCCCACGCCCGCCCCCAUCCCCGCCCCCGAGCCCUCCGCCCAGACCUCCCCCUAAACCGCAAAAAAGCCCUCCGCCUAAACCGCCUCCGCGCCCGCCCCCCAAGCCUCCCAAGCCCCCCAAGGCGACCAAGAAGAAGGCAAGAAGCGCUCUGGAAGUGGGCGGGUGGGUGCGAGGGGGGGGAGUGGUGUUGAGUAACAGGCGGAAGCCACCUCCGCUCCCUGAAAUUACUUGGAGGGAGGGUGGUAACGCGCUUCCACUUCCGUUUCAUUUGCCUGGUUAG